CAUCAAACACUCGACGGCUCUGGCACGGAUCGGACGGUAAAGUUGCGCCACAACACAUCGCGAGUGCCACGAGAAUUUUGGUUAUUUUUUUCGAAAACCUAAGAUUUUGGAAAACCCCAAAAAAAAAAGUAGAAAAGUUAACUUUAAAUAUUCUCACACAAAAAUCUAAAAUAUUUCAAACUACAAGUGAAAAUAUCUAAAAGAAAUUUGUACUGCGUUGCGUUUCGGCUUCACUUCACAUUUUCUAUAAAUAACCAACAAAAUAUAAAUGAAAAGAAAGUGAACAAGUGCAAAAAUAAUUUACCAAACUACACAUAAAAAAAAUAUAAAUAAAUAUACACAGAUAUCUAGUAUCUGUAGGAAAAGUGUGCCGCCGUUUUUUCCUACAAUUUAUCGAUCAAAUACAUAAGUUCCCCCGACGUCGGGCAUAUCGCAAACAGCAUAAAAAACUCUGCUAAUUGUGAGGGGGUUUUUUUUGGGUUGACUGUUCGGAUGGAUAUGCCCAGGGUAUUGACCAACAAAACGAGAACGUUGCCAUUUGUGGCUCAUUAGAGGACACCGACGUGUCGGCAGCAGGCAGCAGGCAGCAGGCGGUAUUUCCCCUGGAUGAGGUGCCAACUGGUGAAGGAAAGAGCACCACAAAAACAAGUAGAACAAUAAUCAUCACAAAAUCCACCAUCCAAAUCUCAGAUUAUGAGACAUGCAACAGCAAAAAAUAAAGAACAGACAACAUCAAGAACAUCAGAAAACAUCAAGCCAGAACAAGCAGAACCACAGCACGAAACACCACGAAAUGCUUAGAGCACAAAUAUAGAAAAUUCUAGAUUUGGCAAAUUAGGAUUUAAAAACACAACCGAAAGGCGAAAGGCAUAAGCGACACGAGCACAACACAGAAAUUUCGCCUGGGAAAAGCCUCAGCAAACAAUAGCCAAGAUGGUCGACGACAUUUCCCCCAUGCACCAUCGCAUGCAGAAGAAGACACGCAGCGCCUCCAUUUGCGCCACGGGGGCCAGCAUCGAGACGGUCAUCCAUGGCCUGCCCACAGCCUCGGGCAGUGCCACGCCCGAGGGCGGCACACCCGGCUACCGUCGACGCCGGCCGGCCACACGCUCCCAAAGUGCUCGCAUCACGUCGGGUGCCAGAUCGGUUCGCCAGCGCACCAAGGCACAGCAGCAGCAGCAGCAACAGCAGCACACGCUCCAGGAGACGCGAUCCUAUUGCAACAGCGAGCCGCGUCUCAGCGAGACAGAGACGCCACCGCAGCGACGCAAGCUCUCGCAACGUCGGCCCCAGCCACACGGGCACAGAAAAUCGAACGCCUUCCUGGACGUGCCCACCAUGAACAUGCAUCACCUGCGCGUCAACGAUGACGACGAGGAUGUGGACAGACUGCGCACAUUCAGCGCAUCCAAAGGAGGCAUCAUUAAUCGCGGCGACUCGUUCCGACGUCGACGUUCGCGCAGCAACAGUCUGGCUCCAUCCAGCCCCAUGCACGCCCGAAACGGAGUCGGCGGUCUGGGCGGCCAUGUGGGCGGUGGCAGCAGCCAGGGCCUGGGCUCCGCCUACAAUGGCGGCGGCAGCAGCAGCAAUGGAUUUGGACACGGACAAAGCGCCCAGGAGAACCACCAGCCGGUGGAGUUCUAUCGCGUGGAGAUGCUGGGAUCAGCGGGCGUCGGCAAGCAGGCGCUCGUCUCCCAGUUCCGCACCUCGGACUGCAUCAAUGCGUACGAUGGGCCAGAGUGCGAUGAGGCUGAGCAGAACAUCUCCAUCAUCUUGAAUGGCACCGAGUCGGAGCUCAAGUUCCUCACUGGCAACCCGGACAGCAAGGACGACCUGGAGGAGGCGGAUGCAUUUCUGGUGGUCUACUCUUGCAUUGACAAGGAGUCCUUCACGCGGGCCAAGCAGAUACUAUCGCGACUGCAGGACAUGGACUUGCACCGCCAUCGCCCCAUCAUUCUGGUGGCCAACAAAAUUGAUUUGGCCCGCUCACGCGCCGUCUCUGCACAGGAUGGCAAAUGUCUGGCCUGUGCGUUCGGAGCCAAGUUUAUCGAGGUCUCGGUGGGCAUCAAUCACAAUUGCGACGAGCUGCUGGCCGGAACCCUCACACAGAUACGCCUCAAGAAGGACCAGAAUAUGUUGCAGCUGAAUCCAAAAAAAGUAAAAGAUAAAUAUAAAAUUAAAGAUAACAAGAACGUAGAGACUGUAGAAACUGAUCAAUUUCUGACUGAUCUUAAGGCCGACGAUGGGGGCCAUCGGGAUGGCAGCUCGCCGGCACAUUGGUACAAGAGCCGCAGCGUGAUGCUGGCCAGCAUGAAGGCUCGACAGAUGCUCACCUGGAUACUGGGCAAGGAGGACUCCAAGUUCAAGCACUGCGAGAAUCUGCAAGUGCUAUAAGCCAUAAACAAAAAUUGAUGUAAACCUACAUAAGCAGAAGGCUUUAUCAUCCAAUAUGUAAACAGGUUUCGAUAGUUCGAAGCAGGCAAAUCGAAGCAGCCCUCUCUGUCCCGCCCCUGGGCAGAUAUAAGCCACAAAUCGCAUUAACAAUUUACAAUUUCCGAUGCGUGCUGUAAGCCUAAGCCUGAUAAUCAAAAAUUAAAUCAAAUUUAAUGCUAAUCAAAAUCAAAGGAUCGGUUAUGAAGAUAGAAGUUUAAGCAGAGCAACUUAAUGGAACCAAGCGAAGCAGCAACAAAGAACAACAAAUAUAUAUAGUACUUACAAUACUUAACUGUACUUAACUAGCAACUUUAAUAAACUUUUCUAAGCUAUGAGCAUGUUAGAGGGAAUAUUUUUCAUAAGCUGACUAGCAGAAUGGAAUGCUAUUUACACGGAAUGCGAGCAAACGAUACCAAAAUAUGUUUAUAAAUUGUUAAGCAAAUGCUGUCUGUAAGAAAUAUGUAUAGCUCAGAAUAUACGUUGCAUAAAUUUGAGUUUCUUAUUUAUAAGGGGAGUCUUACAGGGUCUUGAAUCAUAAGAAAGUUGUCUUCAUUGCGCUUGAAAUGAUUAUACAAAUAAUUAUAGUAAACAUUUAUGGGUGUCCAUCGUAUACUAGAUAUAGAAAUUCAAUAUUCUUUGUGUCUUCCUUAGUCAAAUAUGUAUGCGUAUUUGUGUGUGUGUGUGUGUGUGUGUAAAUGUUUAUAUAUGUAUGUCAGGGAUCCAUAGAUGUAUGUAAAUCCCACUUAAAUAUGCAUUGCAAUGUAUGGAAUUUGAAUGUCAUCCACUGCGACAGGCACGAACAGCAAAUUUGUAAAUGUUUGCACGAUGUGGAAGCAUGGAAGAAGAGGAAAAACUACAACAAUAAUAUUACCAUUACACAUAAUGGACACUAAAUAGAUUUGUGUGUGUAUAUAUGCUAGAUAUUGGCAUAGGUUCUACCGUGUAUAGAGUAUAAAAAGAUAUAAUAAAUAAAUAUUUAAAUGUUUAACAAUA